UAGCGAUGCUUUGGUUUAGUGGCUCCUAGUUGUGGCUGAAGAGCAUGGUUUCCCUGUUGGGGACUUCCCCGAGCGCUGUGACAUUUCGCCGGUGUCCAUUAGCGCGACAGCAGGAGCGUCCUGAGCCCUUGGUUAGUUCUUUGGUGCUCUCUGAAAUAGAAAUGUCUUCUCUGAGAACAGAAAGGAAAGGCUGGGGUCGUUUCUGCCUGUUCCUUGGAGCAGUGGAAAACGCUGUGCAGUGAAAGCACUCCGGCACGACACGAGGAGGGAAACAAACGGGAUUGUCUCCUGUGUCCUUUGUAUGGUCCUUUCCUUUUCAGAGUUCAGCGUACCCACAGAAGAAGCUGUGCUAGUGCAGGAAGGAUGGUCUUACGGAUAAGUUGCUGAAGAAAUCUCCUCCCCAUGCUAACUGUUGACAUGGAAAACAAGGAAAAUGGCUCUCUGGAUGUCAAAAAUUCAGUAGAAAAUGGAAGACCUCCGGAUCCUGCUGACUGGGCUGUUAUUGAUGUUGUGAAUUAUUUCAGAACAGCUGGAUUUGAAGAACAAGCCAGGGCUUUCCAAGAACAGGAAAUUGAUGGCAAAUCGUUACUGUUGAUGACAAGAAAUGAUGUACUGACUGGACUUUCAUUAAAACUGGGGCCUGCGCUGAAAAUCUAUGAAUAUCACGUAAAACCUCUACAGACACAACAUCUAAAGAACAACUCUUUAUAGCAAAUUGUCUAAUUGGGGUCAUGUUGUGCCUCAAACAGUAUAUAAGCAAUUUGGUUUCAUGUGAUGGAACUUUGUAAAGAGAGAAUAUAUUAAGAAUUUAAACCAAAUUAAGAUAUAUAUCCUAUUGGAUAGAGUUGGCAAUAUACUAUGCUGAGUCUGAACUGAGAGAGGUGGUGUGUAUUUUUUACAUAGUACAUGAUUGUCUCUUUUAGGAUUUGUCAGUGAGCAUGUUGAGAUAGCUAUAUCACUAUAUCCAGAACAAAAGGGAGGUAUGUCAUUCUCAUUUCUGAGCCAGACAUGUUUUUGAUUUCGUAAAUUAAAAUACCAAAAAAAAAAUAUAUAUAUAUAUAUAUAAAUAAAGUUUACAUGCAUCUUUGGGAAAGAGAAACCAAUAGAAGUAGGUUUUGGUUUACAUUAAAGACCUACUAAAAUUAUUACUACUUGUAAUUCUGGGAUGGGACUGACACUUGCCAACUCACCCUUUUUUGCAGAGGGUCCUAUUUUGACCUUAUUAAGGUUUAUUUGUGGUAUGCUGCAAUGUUUAAAGCUGUACAUAAAACUAACAUAACCCCUUCGAUAGCAGAAGGCAUUGCUGACAAGUGAAACUGGGUUGUGUAUUUUUUGCUGUCCUUCAAAUUUUCAGCUUGUUUUCACUUGUUUUUACUAGUAGUUCUAUGUAAAGUAUAGUUGAUUUUUAAAAGUUAGUGUUGCUUUGCAAACAAAAAAAAAUCAUUUUAUUCUUUUUUUUUAAUUUAUGAUAACUUGUUUUCUAACAUUAUGCAGAAGUUUGUAAAAAAAAAAAGUGAAAUUCUGCACAUUUUUAAUAUUGUCUGUCAUUGGUGUUGUAAUGGUUGAUUAUUUUCUUUUAAUGCUUUACUUAACGGUUUGAAUACUUGUUUUAAAAACUGAAAGAAGCUGUCUUGUCACCAUACAUCUCUGUUAAAAGAGAGUCUUGUUCAAACUGUUUGUACCAGUUUCCUAUUUGAUAGGUUGCUUGCUAUAUCCCAAUAAAGCAUUGCUUAUGUUUGGAUUCA